UCGACAGCAAAUUGCUCACACAGCGAAGCAAACUUGUUAUUAUAAAUUUGAAGAAUGUCUGUUUACGCGCUGUUCACAUAUACACAUUCUGUCUCUUCGUUAAGCCUUGCGAAGAAGAAUUCUAGGCUGAACAAUGAACUUCAAGCGAGAAACGCGCGCCGUGUGAAAUUUGAUUAGGCAAGUUUUUCAUACGGCGAACGAAGCUGCGCGGAUUGCGACACGCACGGAUUUCAAAUCACUUGAAUUCCCGGGAGGAAUUAGCGAGAGGUAUUUCGGUUUUAUCGCAAACAACCUCGAUGAUGAACGGUUUGUCUGUUAAUUUUGCAAAGAGCCGAGGAUUAUUAUCUUAUGAUUUACGUAUGAAAGCGUCUGUGUUUCUUCAUUCCGGUAGCGCAUAGCCCGACGUGGCGCGAAUGCCAAAGGAUUUGCGUUGAACUGUAUGGAGAUACUUCGUCUUUUUUUUUUUUUUCACCGUCAGACGUGAUCGCGAAUAUGAAUACCGGGCGUCAGUAAAUUUGUUUGAAACCUGGAUUUGUAAAAACAUCAGCAAAAAGACGAGAUUUUUAUUUUGAAGAAAACGAUCACAGAUAUAUUGCAAAUAAUCGAUACAUAUAUUCGAUCCGAUCGCUUCCAAUUAUAGCGUUGAUUUAUUCGCGAUUGUUUUGGAACUUUGCGAUCAGAUAUUAAAAAACGGUAAAAGUGAAACUUGACACGAGCUAGCGUAUUUGCCGAAGAGAAAUAAAGCAUGCGAAAGAUAAAAUACAUAAUUGCUGCGUUUACAAGAACUAAUUACAAUUUACAUACGACCUCGAACGCUUGAGUUAUUCUGUGCGUCGAUCCACCCAAAGUGAGACGACUCUUUGCUCUGUAACAGAAAUGACAUUGAAAGGUGUGCUUCCCUCUCGACUAAUUACACGGAAGAUUAUUCAAACGUUCGACCGGGAGACGUCACGUGGAGACGUUAAUUAACACAGCCAUCUUCACAGUAGCAAUCGCCGUUCGAAACUUGAAAGAAAGAUCGAGGAAAAGCUCAGAGAGCCGAGUUUCCCGAAAGUUUGUUAUUAAUUAAUUUAUUUUCACAAAAGUCGCGAAAGUUGACGAAAGUUGACAAUUUUCCCUUUAAAAUUGCGAGAUCACGCAAUCCACUUGUCCGCUUGGGAAACAGAUGAAAUAACAUGAGAGAUCCCGAAAGACUCCUGGUGAUUUUCCCGAUGAAAGACGGGAAACCGGCGCGUCUUGUUUUGUGGUAAAAGCGUCGCGUAGUAUCGCGGCGAUGACGCGCGACGACGCCUAGUUAUUUCGGAUGUAUAUCAGCGAGGAAGAUAGUGGGGACGACGGCGGCUGCCGUCUGAUCUCCGUACGUCAGUGCGUCGACGUCGUUGGUGCGCGCGAGACGUCGUCGCGAUUGGGACGAGUCGGCAACGACGUUGACGUGACAGGCACGCCGGAGAGGCACGUUACGGGCAUCCUGAAGAAAGUUAGCUGCUCCGAAUUGCCGGAAAAGAAAUCCCGAGAGUUUCGUAAGAAUCAGUCCUGGAAGGGUCCCUCGCGGAUCGUUCAUGACACGCAUACGUUUAAAAUAUCUCGUAGAAGCGCGAGUUUCAUUCUGAGCCGAGAUAUCGAUAGAUCGACGCUGACGAUAUCGACAAACGGAUGCGCAAACACCGUAGAGGAAGACGGACACACGACGGUGGUAAAUCCGCAGUAUUGCGACACGUUGACGCGAUCGAUCCAGGGAUCGGUUAGGAUCGAGGCGCGAGGACGCGUCUUGCGCAGAAGCGUCUCCGCGCCCGGAACCGGCGAGCAGACGAACGAUUCUUCGAGGACCAAAGAGCGAGGAAACCAAAGCAGUUCAGUAAAGGACGAGGAAAUACAAGAGGAUACCAAAGAACACGCACGCGUCAAGGACUCCGCUUUGAGGCGGAGUGCAACUUCGCCGACGAGUCACGACGCGAUUUCUGACAACGUUCAGACAAACAGAUAUCGCACGAGGACCGAAUCGCGCUCGAACAAGUCGCAGGAAUUUCCAACAAAGACAGAACAACUGAUCGCCAGGCGUGCGAGAGCCUCGUCUUUUGUGAUCGAGCGCAAGAGACAUCGCCUCGGCUCGAGUACGUCCUCAAGUAGAUCCACCGAGGAUCUGUGCGGGAUAACAAGCGACACGAGCGCUGAUGGAAUGCGGAACUGCGGCAGCGCCGUGGCUGGCGUCAGCGAGGACGAAAGCUGCGUCUUGCUUGGGGUGCGAUCACUCGAGGACGCGCCCCAAAUCGGCCUCGUGCCGCGCCAGGACGACAGGUGCACCAGGAGAGACCGCGAGCGCGCGAGGAUUCUGAGACGUAGAAGGAUCAAUGGCAGAUCAGCCUCAGUUCCCAGAUUGAACGAAAAGCUAAUCUCAGAUUAGUCCGGCUAUGAU